AUGAACAGCUCCGAUUUUCCUGGUUCGUGGCUGAACUAUUCACGCCACUUGUUGCUUGUAACAGUUCUUCUGAUCGAUGGUCUUCUGCUUGCACAUGCAGGAGACACGGUUGUCGGAUGUGGAGGAUUCAUUCGAUGGCAUUCGUCUGUGGUCAAAUCGAAAAUUGAUUAUAACCAACUCAAAGUGAAUUUGUAUCUGGGGGGAACUGACACAUUGAAAGAUGUAACUGAGGUUCUCCCGAAUAGUGCAUUUUCUGUCCCCUUGUACGAUCAAGGAUCUUACCGAUUAAAGCUGGCCACACCCAAAGGGUGGUAUGUGGAACCGGCAAAUGGUUAUCUCCUAGAUCUUCGCACAGAUCCAACAGCUUGUAAUAAAGACUUCAAUUUCGAGAUCCUGGGAUUUGCAGUAACCGGACAAGUUUGUUACACUUUCAUUUUGAAAAUAAAAUUUAUGUUUCUAAAGGUUGUAACGUUUGGAUUGAACACUGGCCCGGAAGGUCUUGUUGUUCGAUUCACUUCGGUGCAGGACAAGACCGAAAUCCACACAAGGACUCUCACUGGAGGAUAUUUCAAUGUCGGUCCUCUUGUUCCGGGGGAAUACACGUUGACGGUAAGCGAUGGGGAACAGACUACCACGUCGGACCAUAUUCGAGCACGACAGUCCGUAUCUGUUGGCUCGAAUCCGCUCACUUUACAGAAGCCUAUUGUACUGUUGGGUCACUUUGUUCGUGGACAUGUGGCCGAUUUCGCGGGACAAUCACUGAAGGGAGUGACUAUUUACUUGCUAACAAACAGUUCAACCGCAAACAUAGAUUGCGCCUUGGUUUCGGAAUCCACAAAACGAAAAGUUCAACUUCCCCCGGAUCUGGAUGAAAAAUUUCAGCUAGUUUGUGAAACCCUGACAGAUACCGCUGGUCAAUUUUCAUUCAACCGAUUACCGGGUGGAGACUAUAUUCUUUUACCACAAUACAGUUUGAUGGGCUCAACUCAGUCGAAACGGCCAGUUGAGUUUGCCUUCAAACCUCCCGUUAGGCAUGUCACAGUCGCACACACCGACAUCAAUUUGGGUCCAGCCGCAUUUCAAACAGCCGCGUUUCAACUACGACCGGGUCGUGUGAUCUGGCCCAAUGGUCAACCGAUCCGUGAAGCAAAGAUUGAUGCGAAAGAUGCAGAAUUCACGGAUGUUGUCGCAAACCUCACGCCAGAAACCGAAAAUCUCCCAACCCUGCAACCGACUCGACUUUCUGUCUGUGGUCGACUAGCUACUGCUGUCGAUUUACCCAAACGAGUGACUGAGCUUGAGCAAUUUGUCGUGAUCAAGGACGUCAAAUCGGGCACAGUCACACGCACAGAGGCCAAGCCUGGACAGGACGGUUUUCGUUUCUGUGCCUUCCUCAGUCCCGGCCGGUAUGAGAUACGUCCGGAAGUGCGUACCGGUGACACCGAGGGAACACUGGCCUACUUCGUUCCGGCCUCACACAACGUAAGCUGUUCCCUCCGGGCAUAUAAACUGAAUAGAUGUAUCUAG